ACCAGUGCCCUAGUUUCUCUCAGUCUGAGUCUGGCGGUUACAAGCUAAGACAUGUUUUCCCGUCUUCGCAAGCGUUUUGGGAGGGGGAACGUCGAUUCUGGAGAGACUAGAGUGAAGGAGUCUGGCCUUUCGUCUCAAAGUAAUGAUGGACAAAGACAGCACUUCUGGGGAAUGUGGAACGCUGGGCGAGAAACAUCAUCCCCUGGCACUGAACUAAGCGAGAAUCAGGCCAUGAAGGAAAAGGAGAGGCUGAUUAAAGAGCUGCAGCUCAUUACCGAGGAGAGAAAUGACCUGAGAGAUCGCCUGAGGUUUCUGACAGAGAGAUCCAUGAAGAACAGGCCACACUUCAGGCCAAAUCCUUAUUAUGAAGACCUGGAGAGAAUGGAGGAGGCAGUCAUGUCAAUUCUGCACAACUUAGAGAUGGAGAACACUGAAAUCCAUGAGAACAACCAUAAGCUGCAGAAGGAGAUUACCUUCUCUAGAAACCUGCUCAGCCAGCUCCUGAUGGAGAACACAUGUAGGAAGAAGUUGUUCCCACUGAAGCAGGAGAGCAAGGAGGUACAUCUUGAUUGUGCACUGAACCAGAAAUAUUUGGUUGACUUCAACAAGAAAUAUAAAGACCAGCAACGUCCAGACCCAGCAUCAUCUGGUAGGGUUGAGCAGCUGUGUUAGCUUAAAAAUAUCUGCUAAAGUUUGCCAAUUUGAUACAUCUUUGCUCUCUCCUACCACCUUUCUAAUUUACACUCACAACCACCCAACCACCUCAUGUAAUGGAAUUGUUCAUUGCUCUGCCUAUGCACAAGUAUUCUGGGAAGCCAACCACUUUUCAGAAACUGAAUUAUUUUGCAAGUAUAUUUGUCUGCUCUUUUUGAAGCUGCAGUAUAGAAAUGGUGACAGAUUAAUAACAUACCUCAUUAUUGCAUAUCCACGUGAUAGAUUGGAUGCUCUGUAGAGUUUUGAACAAGUUCUUGGUUCUUUGACAAAUGACACUCUGUGGUCAUGUGACUUCUUGUGUAGGAAGCACCUUUGCGGGAUAAGAACAAAGUGCAAAUGUCAAAUUAGAACUUGUCAUUGGUUUUAACCUUGGUGACAUAUGGACAUCUACUUUCUUCCUGCAACCCAAUGAGGUUCCUUCCAUUGCCCUGUUCUUGGUUUGCACUUUUAUAAGUCUGGGUCCCAUAUUGGCAGCCCACAUUACUUUGAUUCUCUCUGGAGAUUUUGC